CAGACCAGGGCUAUCGCGGUGCUCAUCGUACCAUUUUGCUCUCUUCCAUCUCGAGGACAGCGUCCGUUUGGUUUGUGAGGCAGUGAGUGCAGAAUGUGGCGGUCUGCUCCUUGCCUGCGGGCGAGUACUUCCAAGACGGGGGCGCGGUGUGCCAUGAGGCGAGGGACGGGAUUGUGCAAGUCGUUUUCGAGGGUGGCGGUUGAAAAGAACGGUCUUGUUCAGGUUCACCGCACCUUUGUAACCACGCCCUCUCGAUGGUCCUCUACUGCCGCUGUCCUGAAACAAGCUGCAGAUACAUCUUCUUCCACCAAUGCUCCAGUCUCCGCGGACUUGCCUGUGAGCAGGAUUGACGACCGCCAGGUCCUGGUCGGUUGGGAUGUUGCGACAUGGUCUCGAUACCACCACAUCUGGCUCCGAGAUCACUGCCGAUGUUCCCAGUGCUUUCAUCCUAUCACGAAACAACGACUCAUGAAUACGUUUGAGAUACCUCCCGAUGUGAAACCUUUGCAUGUUGAGUCAAAACCGGAUGGUUUGGAGGUCCAAUGGCCAUCCUCAAAACCUCAUACCUCAUUCUUCCCCUGGUCAUGGCUGCGACAGAAUUCAUACGAUCCUCAAUUGAUCCGUGCCUCAACAACGGAAAAGAUACUUUGGGGUUCAAAGAUCCUGCAGGAUCCACCCACCGUGGCAUACGAAGAAGUUAUGGCAGAAGAUGAGAAAGGAUUGUUCAAAUGGCUUUCCAACAUCGACAAAUUUGGCUUCUGUUUCGUAACAGGUGUUCCACCGACUCCAGAAGCAACUGAAGAACUCUCCUGCCGCAUUGGUUUUAUUCGCGAGACACAAUAUGGCAAGUUCUGGAGCUUCACCUCUGACCUGACGAAAGGCGACACCGCAUACACUACUCUGGCGCUCGGUGCGCACACCGACAACACCUAUUUCACUGAUCCUUGCGGUUUGCAACUGUUCCAUUUGCUAUCGCAUACCGACGGAUCAGGCGGCGCAACGCUGCUCGUUGAUGGUUUCUACGUUGCUUCUAUCCUCAAGGAGCUUCAUCCCACCGCAUACUCCCUACUAUCUCGCAUUCGCGUUCCGGCGCAUGCAGCUGGAGAGCUGGGCUCGUUGUACACACCCAGCCCUAGCGCUGGCUAUCCAGUGCUUCGGCAUGUCGAUGGCGAAUUGAUCGAGGUUCGGUGGAACAACGACGAUCGAAGCGUCAUGAAUCACUUAGAGCCCAGCGAGGUAGAGGAGUGGUAUGAUUCAAUCAGAAAGUGGUACAAACUCCUCACCAGCGCAGAUUCUGAGUACUGGGUCCAGCUGUCGCCUGGUACGGCAGUAGUGGUCGACAAUCACCGCGUGCUGCAUGGCCGCUCCGUGUUUGAUGGCAAGCGACGAAUGUGCGGUGCCUACAUCGGCAUCGACGAGUAUCGGUCGAAGCUUGCUGUCCUCUCGGAGAAGUUCACUCCAGAUACGAUCACUCGCGAGACAAUGUCGUAUGCUGGGGUGAAUGGGCGUAGUGUGUGGCAUCCGGCCUUGUGAACUAUCCCCAGUUGUUUGACUCUGCUGCUCUGAUGACGCUUCAGAGGAUGGGCGGCAGGAGUGUUGUAUAACUGCUCAUGCAUUGACACUCGUGUGUAUGAAUGCGCAUCGCUUCUACUGGCCUACAUAUCUGGCGAAUUGACGAGGAGAUGCUGGACCCACCAGGUCAUGAAUAUGUCUUGUUCUCCUCGAAAAUUACACAUUCUCGGCAUUCAGGAAGCAGUAAUGACCGCCUAGCGCCAUAAAAUGUCUAUGACACGCUUAAACAUCCUUUUUCUACCAUCCUAUGACACUUGAAUGUUAAAGACGAUUCUUUGGAUUAAUAUCUCUUAGCUGGUAGGGAGCAUGGCUAAUCGACGGAGGAGGACAAGGUCUAG